UGGCCGUGCCGGGGCAGCGGCGCUGCGCACUGCCGGGGCGGGGCCGCCCUCGCCCUUCCCGCCGCGCCUCGCAAGAUGGCAGCGGCUAGGGCAGUGCGGGCGGCGGGGCGCCGCUCCAGGAGGCUCUUUGACAUCUUCGUGACUCAGCUGCCCUGGACGGUGUCGAGCAAGGAGGUGAAGGAGUACUUCUCUCAGUUCGGAUCGGUACAGAGGUGUCAGCUGCCGUUUGACAGAGAUACAGGCUUUCACAGACGUUACUGCUGGAUUAAAUUCUCAAGUGCACAAGAUGUUCAGAAUGUGUUUCAGAAGGACUCCCACAUACUUGAAGGUGCCAAGCUCAUUCUCAAACGUCAAUCUCAGAGAAGAUAUGAUCAAAGGAAGAGUCAGAGUGAGUGAGCAGUGGAAGGAGGCUUUAUUUCACUGACUGUAAAGAAACAAAAAUAAAGAUUGAGAAACUAUGAAUAUUUGUUUUAAAACCAAA